AUGACUGUCGCCCCUACCACCGGCUACGUGGGCAGCCUCACGCCCAAAGAGGAGGCCUCCCUGCGCGAGAUGUGGACGCUGCUCUUCACCACCGUCACCUCGCUGCUCUCGUCCGUAUACGACGUGAAACUCCCCGAGAGCUCGCCAAACGACAUCUUCAAGCUGCUCGACAAAAUCACCGAGCCCUCCAUCGACGGCAUCCUAGCCGUCCUCAAGAACCCCCCCGCCGCCAACGGCGACACAGCCUCAGCACCCAACGGCGACCACAGCACCACAAUCGAAGCAUCCCUCGACAAGAUGAAGGAACUCGCCGCCAAAGCCAACGGCAAGGAAAUCCUCGACCAGCUGUCCAAGGAAAAACUCACCCAGCCUCAACUCAGCGGCCUGCUCUCACACCUCCGCAAGAACCACGUCAACGAGUCGGAGGUCAAAACCAUCGAGAAGAUCCUGCUCGCCAUGUCCCCAGGCGAGAUGAUCUUCACCCUGCUCAAGCUGGUGAAGCAGGAACACCCGGAUGCUCUGCUUCUGCGGUUCCUGCGCGCGCGCAAGUGGGACGUCCCCAAGGCGUUUGGCAUGAUGGCCAAUGCUAUUCUCUGGCGGCAGAAGAUGCAGGUCGACGACGAUAUUGUGCCUAAGGGUGAGCUGCAUGCUUGGGAGCAGUCGCGCGAUAAGAAGCUGAGCGCGGCCGAGCAGAAGGCGGGCAAGGACUUUAUUUCGCAGUUGGAGAUGGGCAAGAGUUACCUGCAUGGUCUGGACCGGGAGGGCCGGCCUGUCAAUGUCGUACGAGUGCGUCUGCAUAAACCUGGUGCGCAGUCUCAAGAGGCGCUGGAGCGGUAUAUCGUGCAUGUUAUCGAGUCGACGAGGAUCCUGGUUGCUCCUCCAGUGGAGACGGGGACAAUCCUGUUCGACAUGACUGGAUUCGGACUUGGAAAUAUGGAGUAUUCCCCCGUCAAGUUCAUCAUCCAGUGCUUCGAGGCCAACUACCCUGAAUCGCUCGGCCGACUGCUCAUCCACAACGCCCCGUGGAUCUUCUCAGGAAUCUGGAAAAUCAUCCACGGCUGGAUGGACCCCGUCGUGGCCUCAAAAGUCCAAUUCACCAAGAACAUCAACGACCUCGACAAGUUCAUCCCGCGCGCCCACAUCCCCAAAGAACUCGGUGGCGACCAGGACUUCGAAUACAAAUACAUCGAGCCCCCAGCCGACGAGAACAAGGCUAUGGAAGAUAAAGAGAAGGGCAACGCCGUGAUGAUCGAGCGCAUGAUGAUCGGGCUGCAGCUUGUCGCUGCCACGGCGGCGUGGGUGUCUGCUGCAGACUCGGCGAAGAGCCAGGAGGAGAAGGAAGCCGUUGAGUUAUUGAAGAAGCGCAGGGAUACGGUGAUUGAGGAGUUUAGACUGAAUUACUGGAAGGUGGAUCCGUAUGUGCGUGCGAGGGCGCUGGUGGACCGGACGGGGGCGGUGUCGCCGGAUGGCACUGUGAAUAAUUUUUAG